CAGGGCGAGCUUGCUCUCUCGCGGCCGUGGCGCCGGACGCGGAAGUCGUGGCCGCUGUGGAGGGGGCGGAGGCGGCACCGCCGGGUGGGAUGGGGGAGUCGAUCCCGCUGGGCGCGCCGGUGCCGGUGGAGCAGGCUGUGCUGGAGACCUUUUUCUCUCACCUGGGCAUCUUCUCCUACGACAAGGCCAAGGACAAUGUGGAGAAGGAGCGGGAGGCCAAUAAGAGCGCUGGGGCCAGCUGGCUGGCCCUGCUGGCCGGGCUGGCCCACCUGGCCGCCGCCGAGAAGGCCUACCACAGCAUGACCUUCCUGGGCCAGAAGCUAGGUGGUCAGUCAUUCUUCAGCCGAAAGGACUCCAUCCGAACCAUCUACACAUCUCUGCAUAAUGAGCUGAAGAAGGUGGUGGCGACGGGUCGCAAUGCACUAGGAGGAACAGCUCCUCACUUGGAAGAGCUGCUUUCUCACCUGUCUGAACAGCUCUGUUUUUUUGUUCAGGCUCGUAUGGAAAUUGCUGACUUCUAUGAAAAAAUGUACACGCUCAGCACCCAAAAGUUCAUUAACUCUGAGGAACUGGUAAACAUUUUGGAAUCCAUCUUAAAGAAAUACAGCUCAAGAUUUCAUCAUCCAAUCCUCAGUCCUCUUGAAAGCAGUUUCCAGCUGGAAGUAGAUGUGCUUGCGCAUCUCUUAAAGGCUCAGGCUCAGAUCUCAGAGUGGAAGUUCCUUCCAUCCCUGGUCAACCUGCACAGUGCUCACACAAAACUACAGACUUGGGGCCAGAUUUUUGAGAAACAGCGAGAGACCAAGAAACAUCUGUUUGGAGGGCAGUCUCAGAAAGCUGUGCAACCUCCACAUCUCUUCCUCUGGCUGAUGAAGCUCAAAAACAUUCUCCUUGCCAAGUUUAGCUUUUACUUUCACGAGGCCCUGAGUCGACAAACAACAGCAUCUGAAAUGAAAACUUUGACUGCUAAAACAAAUCCUGAUUACUUUGGGAAGAUUUCCAGCUUCAUCCGGAAGUACGACGCCGUCAACGUUUCCUUAAUUUUUGACAAUCGUGGAUCAGAAAGUUUUCAGGGACAUGGCUAUCACCACCCCCAUUCUUACAGGGAAGCCCCCAAAGGAGUGGAUCAGUACCCUGCCGUGGUGUCUCUGCCCAGUGACAGGCCCGUUAUGCACUGGCCCAAUGUAAUUAUGAUUAUGACUGAUAGAACCUCUGACCUCAACAGUCUGGAGAAGGUUGUUCACUUCUAUGAUGACAAAGUCCAAAGCACGUACUUUUUGACUCGCCCUGAACCUCACUUUACCAUUGUAGUUAUUUUUGAGUCCAAGAAGUCGGAAAGGGACUACCAUUUUAUUUCUUUUCUCAAUGAAAUUUCACAUUCCCUUAAGAACUCCAAAGCUUUUGCAAGCUUGAAGCCUGGAUCCAAAGGGUAAAACACAAACUACUGGUUGUCAAGGCAGUAUCACAGCCUUGGGGGAUCUAUAGCUUUCAAGGAUUACAUAAUGAUAAAUUCAUGGUUCUUAGAGUCUAAAUAAAAAGGAACCAUUCUUUUUAAUGUCCUAAGUUCUCUUUUUUUCCCCUUUUUUCCU